AACGGCGUUGGAUAAGCAGUAGGGCGCACGUUAUAUAAAGCGUAAAUUAGGGUUCACCCUUUUACACUCUAUCAUCUUCUUCCCUCCUCAAUCACUCUCAUGUAUACAAAUUGAUCAACAAUAUUUACAAUUUCUGACUAAAUGGAAAAUAGUUGAUGUUGAUCAAGAAACUGUACAGAGUUAUCAAUGAUGAUGUCCGAGGAUGCUGAACAUCUAUUGGUCAGUUAUGAUGACCACUCAGAUCAACGUUCCAUAUCAUUGGAUGAAACAAGUAGUACAGAAGAAUCACCAGAUGAAACUAAAAUAUGCAUAGAAACUACAGAUGAUACUAUUCCAUAUAUCGGCCAAAGAUUCUCUACUCAUGACUAUGCAUAUGACUUCUACAGUGAAUUUGCCAAACGGUGCGGUUUCUCAAUUCGUCGACAUCGUACAGAAGGUAAAGAUGGUGUCGGGAAAGGUCUUACCCGGCGCUAUUUUGUCUGCCACAGGGCAGGCAAUACGCCUGUCAAAACUUUAAAUGAAAAUAAACCACAAAGAAACCGCAAGUCUUCAAGAUGUGGGUGUCAAGCAUAUAUGCGUAUAAGUAAGGUAACUGAAUUAGGAACACCCGAGUGGCGAGUAACUGGUUUCUCAAAUCAUCAUAAUCAUGAACUUUUAGAACCCAACCAAGUUCGCUUUCUUCCUGCUUAUCGAACCAUAUCAGAUACAGACAAAAACCGAAUCCUUAUGUUUGCCAAAACAGGAAUCUCAGUGCAACAAAUGAUGAGGCUUUUGGAACUUGAGAAAUGUGUGGAGCCUGGAUUUCUUCCAUUUACUGAGAAAGAUGUAAGAAAUUUGAUACAAUCGUUUAGGAAAGUGGAUUUAGAGGAUGAGAGCAUUGAUUUACUCAGAAUGUGUAGAAAUAUAAAAGAUAAGGAUCAUAAUUUUCAGUUCGAAUAUAAGCUUGAUUCAAAUAGCCGGCUGGAAAACAUCGCAUGGUCAUAUGCAUCAUCUGUCCAAUCAUAUGAAAUAUUUGGUGAUGCAGUGGUGUUUGACACAACACAUCGAUUGAAUGCUUUUGAUAUGCCGCUUGGGAUAUGGGUUGGAAUGAAUAAUUAUGGCAUGCCUUGCUUUUUUGGUUGUGCACUUCUGCGUGAGGAGAAUGUGAAAUCAUAUUCAUGGGCUUUGAAGGCAUUCCUGGGAUUUAUGAACGGAAAGGUUCCACAAACUAUAUUGACGGACCAAACUGCGUGUGUAAGAGAAGCUAUAGCAAUGGAAAUGCCUUCUGCUAAACAUAGUUACUGCAUCUGGCUAAUCUUUGCAAAGUUCCCAUCUUGGUUUAAUGCUGUUUUGGGGGAACGAUAUAAUGAGUGGAAAAGUGAAUUUUAUCGCCUUUAUAAUAUGGAGUCAAUUGAAGAUUUUGAAAUGGGUUGGAGGGACAUGGUAAAUACCUUUGGGCUUCACACUAACCGCCAUAUAAAUACAUUGUUUGCCUCAAGAACUCUCUGGGCUUUACCAUAUCUAAGAAGCCAUUUUUUUGCUGGAAUGACAACUACUGUUCAUUCAAAAGCCAUCAAUGCUUUCAUCCAACGAUUCUUAAGCGCCCAAACUCGACUGGCACACUUCAUUGAACAAGUGGCUGUUGCUGUGGACUUUAAAGAUCAGGCUGGUGAACAGCAAACAAUGCAACAAAACCUCCAAAACAUAUGCUUGAAAACAGGUGCACCCAUGGAAUCCCAUGCUGCCUCAGUCCUAACACCUUUUGCAUUCUCAAAGCUUCAAGAACAACUUGUAUUGGCUGCUCAUUAUGCAUCAUUUCAACUAGAAGAUGGGUUCCUCGUUAGACACUAUACUAAACUCGAAGGAGGUCGAAAGGUUUAUUGGGUCCCACGUGAAGGCCUUAUCAGCUGUAGCUGUCAUCACUUUGAGUUCUCGGGAAUCCUUUGUAGGCAUGCUCUUCGAGUCUUGUCUGCAGAUAAUUGCUUUCAGAUUCCAGAAAGGUAUAUGCCUCUUCGAUGGCGGCGUAUCAACACUUCAGCAAAGCUCCUUCAGAACACUUUGAGUGAUCAUGCGGAAAGGGUUCACAUUUUACAGGGUAUGGUGUCGAAUCUUGUGACAGAAUCAUCCAAGUCAAAAGAUCGGCUUGAUAUUGCCAUGGAGCAUGUUUCUGUUUUAUUAUCAAGGAUUAGAGAGCACCCAGUUCCUUCUCAAGGUAUGCAAGAAAUGAUUGUUUUACAUAGAUUUAUAGGAUAAGCAGCCACAUUUUAGGUCCCGUGUAGAAAUAGUAAAAAGAAUCAAGGAGGUUAUGUUCCAAAGUUUUUGUUUAUUGGAUUAGCGUUUAUUGUAAGAGCUUUUGAGAGACAGGUGUUCUAAUGGAAGUGCUGUUGUGGCUUGCUCACCAUGUUGCAUGCUAGUGGUUUAGUGCAAUAUUGUGAUCAUGUUUGUUCAACAUUCCUGUGUUUAUAGAGAAAGAUUUUUGUAGUAA